ACCCUCGUCUGAUCACCCCCACGUCUCAUCCCCAUCCCUCCCCACCCCGUGCCGCGCGACAGAACACCGAGUCCGGACUGUCGAAACUGAGCAUCUCUCUGCCUCCUGACUAUCUGUGCUCCUAUCGCUGGUAGACAUUCUUCGGGUGUCAGAAGCAAGGUAGGCUGGUCCCACCCGGCGCAAACCUUGAGCUCAACACUCAGGUAUUUGCACAAACUCUCGUCUGCUUCUCUACAGCGGAGAAUCCCAGCUGGCUGUAACUUUUCGAUUUUAUUAAGAUGAGACUAAAAUCGCCAUAAACAAGGAUGAGAUGAAGAGAGUGGUUGUGUUGUCUCUGAUGUUCACGAUCGUUUGGAAUUUCGUCAUUCGUCCUGCUCAGGUGUUUUUCUUGUGAAGUUGGAGGUGAAUUCCAGUCUUCCACCCAUCAUCGACACUAAAAGAUUUAAUAUUGAAGGCUUUUUCUGUGGAUAAUUCGUCUUCUAAGUUUUCAUCGCUCGCACCUCUAUAUCCGCUCAGCUAUGGCUCAACCUUGCCGCUCAGCGACAGCGAUGUUUGUCGUCAUGACCUUUGCACUCUUGACAGCGGUGUCCAGGAGCCAGGCGGCCCACGAAAAUGACAAAUGUGACAACGUGGCUUCUUGCCUCCCACCCGACCCCACUUCAGGAGACCCCACAGAACUGUGCAGCAUCUUCCUCAAGUCCGUGGCUUGUAUGGGCGAUGCGCUGGACGCGUGCCGGAGGAUCCCCAACUUCUCUGAAGACCUUCUGGCCGAGUCCGAGGCCCGCAUCAUGGAGCUGCGCACGGAACUGACCGCCCUCAACUGUGUGGACGAUGCAACCUUCAGUGAGCCCAUGCUAGAUGACAGCACCUACAGUCAAGUGGAAUCCGACAUGUCCGACAUGUCCGACAGGGUGGAUACAAGGCCAGGAGCUGCCAGCCAUGUCCUCGUCAACACAGCUGUCAUUGUCCUCACCUCUUGUAUCAGUUUACUCCACACCACGUGAAAUACUUGCUGCCAGACUGACAGCCUGCCUCAGAUCCUCAUACUACUCAGUAUAUACUGAUCAACUUGUCUAUUUAUUACAACCUUCAGACAUUUUGAGAUGAUUUCGUGUAUUUGUUUUUAACAAUGUCUCCCCUCCCCUCCCCUCGCCACCCACCCUUUUCUUUGCCGUUGUGUGCCAUUAUCGGUUGUUACCUCCCUCUGCACAUAUCAUUUUCCAUCUGUGCCUUUAUCGAUGAGACCAUCAGCAAAUGUUUAUGUGCAGCUGUAUUUCACUAGUUCCGCUUGGUGUCAGUUUGUUCUGUCUCUAGAAGAUGCUCGGCACAGGAUCAACCGCCUGUGAAACCCUUCAAAGCUAACGGCGAAAACUGGACAUCGGGUGACAUCGUGUCCUCCAUUGCUUCCACAUUUCUCUGAAAUAUAUUAUGUGUCCUUGCAGUCAUCGAGCGAUGACAGCCUUACUGCAGUCUGGAGAUCAUUAUGAGCUCCAUGGACGAGUACAGGUGGAUUGCUGUCUGCCGAGACCAAGGCUUAGCCUCUUGCGAAGUUAUCCGCUGUUAGUCUCGGCGAGCCUGAACAAUGAAUGUGACUAAAAUGGAAGCUUUGUAGUCUCAUGCCUCGUUUUAGUAGUUAAUUGGAAAAAAAAAUCGUCUGCCAGCAGUCCAGUAAUACAAGUUCGUGGUCCACCGUACUGAUGCUUUGGAAUGCAAAGAUAACGAAGAAGAGAGAGAUUAUCAAACAGAGCGAACAAUAAAUACAGGGAAAAUAAAACUAAGGCACAAAAUAAACGUAAUGACAACAUGAAAUAUCGGGAAGGGGAUAAAAAAAAUGUUUAUGAGGUUCAAAUGCCAGGGAUUUUGCAAAAGGCAAAAACGUUUUGCGUGUGUGUGUGUGAGAGAGAGACAAAUUGUGAAAUGUUUGAGUGUGACCACUGACGUCCGUGCGAGGACAGUUGUCUUCCCUCGCGCUCUCUCGUAAAGGACUUUGUUACCCGGAUGUCAAAUACGUUCUGGGUAGAUCAACCACGGCGCAUGCGCAGAUUCAAACAGACGGGUCUGUGGCGCCAGCCUGACCAGCAGUCCGUUCAUGCGUGUGACAGCAAGGUGCACGUGAUGUCCACCUGCCACCAGCCAUCUUUAGUUUCCUAGCGUUACGUCUGUCGCGCUACACCCGGGGUGGGGAACGGCCCACCCGCAGAAUCCUUUGAUUCGGCCCGCCGACCCAAGCGCUGAUUUCAGUAAAUCUGUACGAUAUCUUUCAUAGCAACAUAAAUUUGUAUUAAGUGCAUCCUAUUAACAUAAAUUUUGAGGGACAGGCAAGAAACGUCUAUCAGGGGAUAGACAAGACAUACACGGGACACACUCGCGUGCUUCGGGUCGGCUUCCCACGCCCUGUAUGGGCGAGUUGGGAGACAUUCAUGUGUGUGACCUCCACCCCGAGCCGAGAGUAGACCAGUUCCAGUUAAUGUCGUCUGUUGAUAAGUGUAGCCUUCUUCAACCAUGUCGGCUCAUACAGUGUAAAACAGUCGAAAUUGUUGUGUACAGUUCAGGCUUACAAAUGUCCAACAUUAUCCUGUCAUGGAUUCCCAGAAGAUGAGUAAAUGAAAAUGUUUUGCCUGGAAAAUAUUCGUGUAUGUUGAUGAGUUUUUUUGGUUCAUGUGCAAGCAUUUCUGUGUGUAGUAUGUGUGUAGAAACUUUGUAAAUGUCAUGAACCCUCCAUUAGGAUAUACGUGUACUAGACAGGUAUUAUUAUUAUUCACAACCACAAACAGAAAAUUGUGCAUUAUGAAUAACAAAUUUUGUUACUAUAUAUAGUCUUCUCUAGGAACUUUCUACUUAUAAACAUUUUUUACAGACCUCAGUUGUUUCACUAUUCUCUUCAUGGGAGUAGAGAAUAUUUUAGUCAUCUAGUCAACAAAAGGCGGCUCGUGGGGACUCAGAGGACAGUAGUGCCCUCCAGACUGGCAAUGUACAGGUUCACAAGUAUCAACACACUGAUCAAAUCGUGCAGACUAAUUAUUAAGUAGAUAAUUUUGUAUGGUCCGCGAAUGAUGUUAUCAGUAUCAAAGUAGACCUUGGAGGAAAAAAAGGUUGCGCACCCCAGUGUUAGACAAACAUCUGUUCGCAGUACGUUCGCUCUGUUGUAAACAUUUCCACGAGUUUUCAAACAGCUUGCUAGCGAACAUCCAUAACUGAAAAUGAAAAACGGAAAUCGCAUGAAUUGGUUAGUAUAUUGUCUCAUUUGUUUGAAUUGGUUGGUAUAUUGUCUCAUACUGUUAUCGAAUUAUCAAACAUAAGCUCAGUUUAAAUUAUUGUUUAUUAUCCUACAAAUGUCACGAGUGUCACAUACAACUUGAAAGAAAUGCUCGUUGUUGAUUUAUCAUUGCUGAAGUGCGUCUGUACAGUUAAUAAAGAUUUUUAAAACAUUUUCUUA